AUGCGCUUGGCAGGUAACAGCGCUGUUCACCUGCGCGCUAGGACCAGGGCUGUCUAGGAGCGGAGCAUCCUAUGACGUCACUCUGCCCCACGGAGCGCUAGAGCCUGGACAAGGAGAUUCUAGAAGCAUCAGAAAUAUCUGCGGAUAAAUUGGGUAUUUAUUUUGCAAAUGUUUUAAAAUCACUUCUCGGUGUCUGGCCUUACCUCUCUCUGCCCGCUCCUUAGGGACAGGGACUAUCUGGGUCAGCCUCCUGGCACCUCAACUCUACCCCCGUAGCUGGCGCUUAAUCAAAGUCAGUUUGAGCCCGGGUAAAUUGAAGUCACCCUUGCUCCUGCGCGCCAUCCCCAGGACUACAUUUCCCAGAAGCAAGGAGGGAAUUCUCGGGUCGGACGGAUGGCAACAAGGGCCACGUAACCUCUACGCAGGCUUACUGGGGGACACGUGUAUUUCCAUCUUUUUCUAUUUAGCUUCCGGACCUGGGAGAGGGACGAACAGAUCCCAAGGGUCCUGGAUUCUAAUUUUAUCGCCAAGGCUACAUGGCGGCGUGACCCGAGCUAGACCCUUUGAGCCUCACUUUUUUGUUCAUCCUUAAAAGGGGCGCACUACGUACGUGAGGACUAGCUGCAGCCUGCAUUGAUUAAGCACCAACUGAGUCCCAGCAAGGAACAUGUAGAUACCUAUAGACAAUAAGCACUGAUCGAGCGCCUGUGGAAAAAGGCAAACAGAGGCCCCGCCCUCUCGGGUCUGCGCACCGAGGGAGAAGCUGGGGCACCUUAUUGAGGGAAACAAGACUUGGGUAAGGUCAGAAUCUCAAAGAAAACACUGAAGAAGGAAUGAUUUUGGAGGACCAUGGCCUUUAAAAGAAAGAAAUUACUGACAUUCCAAGAUGUGGCUGUGGAAUUCACCCAGGAGGAAUGGAGCUAUUUGGAUCCUGGCCAGAAGGACAUAUACAGGGAUGUGAUGCUGGAGAACUAUGAGAACUUUGUCUUUCUGGGGCUUCCAGUAACUAAACCAGCUGUGAUUUCUCAUCUGGAGAGACAUGAAGCCCCCUGGUUAUCAAGGGAAGAAGACCCCAGAUGUAUUUCUGUGGAUUCCUCUGUUGAAAAAAGAGAAUGUGAAAACAAGAAGUCAAUUCCAAAACGGUAUAUUCCUACCAGAAAGACAUCCAGAGAGAGACUUGUAAAGGAUGAUUUCUGGGAUUCUAAAUUGGGCGAAGCUUGGAAUUAUGACACUGAAUUAGAAAAUCAGAUAAACAACCCAGAAGGACAGUUCAUAAAGCUAAUAGUUAAGCGAAGCAAAACAUCAUGUAACAAAAUUUCCAUGGUGAAGAACCUUUGUGAGUUUAAAAAGUACAAGAAGUUUUAUAGUUAUCAGUCAGAACCGAAUCAUUACCAUAGAGUGUGUUCUCAAGGAGAACCUCAUAGAAUUAAUGAAUGUGGCAAAACCUUCGACAUCAAUUCAAGCCUUACAAUACAUGGAGGAAUUCAGACUGGAGUGAAAGCUCAUAAAUUUGGUGACUGUAGUAAGGCUUCCAGCUACAAUUCAGACCCAGGUGCUAAUCAGAAAAAUCUGGAGGAAAAGUUUAUAAAACAAUGUAAUAUAGGUAGAAACACUUUUAGUCAGAGGGGAUAUAUUUGUCAACAAAAGCAAAUUCCUGAUAAAGAGAAACUCUAUAAAUGUAAUGAAUGUGGGAAAGCCUUCAGCUUUAAAGGAUCCUAUAAUAGACAUAAAAAAAUCCAUACUGCUGUGAAACCCUAUAAGUGUGAUGAAUGUGAAAAAGCCUUCAGGCAGAAAGGAAACCUUAAUAGACAUAAGAUAAUUCAUACUGGAGAGAAACAAUAUAAACGUAAUGAGUGUGGAAAAGCCUUCUGGAAAAAUAGAAAUCUUAAUUCACAUAAGAAAAGGUGUACUGGAGUGAAACCCAAUAAAUGUAAUAUUUGUGGGAAUGCCUUCAGUCAUAAGAGUAGCCUUGAGCUACAUAAGACAAUUCAUACUGGGCAGAAGACAUAUAAAUGUAAUGAAUGUGGCAAAGUCUUCAGGCAGAAGGGAGGCCUUAUUUCACAUCAGAGAAUUCAUACUGGAGAGAAACCCUAUAAGUGUAAUGAAUGUGGAAAAGCCUUCAGCCAGAAAGGAAACCUUAAUACACAUAAGAUAAUUCAUACUGGUGAGAAACCAUAUAAAUGUAAUGAGUGUGGAAAAGCCUUCUGGAAGAAUAGAAGUCUUAAUUCACAUAAGAAAAGGCAUACUGGAGUGAAACUCAAUAAAUGUAAUGUAUGUGGGAAUGCCUUCAGUUGUAAGAGUAGCCUUGAGCUACAUAAGAGAAUUCAUACUGGACAGAAGACAUAUAAAUGUAAUGAAUGUGGCAAAGUCUUCAGGCAGAAGGGAGGCCUUAUUUCACAUCAGAGAAUUCAUACUGGAGAGAAACCCUAUAAGUGUAAUGAAUGUGAAAAAGCCUUCAGGCUUAAAGAAAGCCUUAAUAGACAUAAGUUAAUUCAUACUGGAGAGAAACCAUAUAAAUGUAAUCAGUGUGGAAAAGCUUUUAGGUUCAAAGCAUCCCUCAAUAGACAUGAGGAAAUUCGUACUGGAGAGAAAACAUAUAAAUGUAAUGAAUGUGGAAAAGCCUUCUGGAAAAAUAGAGAUCUUAAUUUACAUAAGAAAAGGCAUACUGGAGUGAAACCCAAUAAUUGUAAUGUAUGUGGGAAGGCCUUCAGUUGUAAGAGUAGCCUUAAGCUACAUAAGGCAAUUCAUACUGGGCAGAAGCCCUAUAAAUGUAAUGAAUGUGGAAGAGCCUUCAUCCGGAGUGAGCACCUUAAAAGGCAUACUACAGUUCAUACUGGAGAGAAACCAUAUAAAUGCAAGGAAUGUGGAAAAGCCUUUAGCUGUAGAGAAGGAGUUUAUGUGCAUAAGAGGAUUCAUACUGGGCAGAGGCCAUAUAAAUGUAAUGAAUGUGGAAAAGACUUCAGGCAGAAGGCAAUCCUUGUUAUACAUCAGAGAAUUCAUACUGGAGAGAAACCCUAUAAGUGUAAUGAAUGUGAAAAAGCCUUCGGGCAGAAAGGAAGCCUUACUAGACAUAAGAUAAUUCAUACUGGAGAGAAACCUUAUAAAUGUAAUGAAUGUGGAAAAGCCUUCAAUGAUAAGGGACAUCUGAAUAGACAUAAGAAAAUUCACACUUACGUGAAAGUAUAAAUGUAAUGAAUGUUGGAAAGCUUCAGAUAUAUGGGAAACCUUAAUUUACAUAAGAGAAUUUACAUUGAAGAGAAAACCUAAAAAUCCAAGGAAUGUGGAAAAACUUAAGUGGUAGAGAAACUAAAAGACGUCAGUUCAUACUGGAAGGAAAAUCCUUUGAAUGCAAUGAUAUUGACGCAGAGUAUAAUGAAGAUCCAAAGUUUGAAUAUAAUGAAAAUGAGAAAACUUUCUUAUACAUCUGAAUAAGAAAUGCCUUCUUAUUAGUAAGUUCAUUUCAAACCAUUUUAAGAAUGUGACUCUCUCCAUGGGAACUUAACCUUUCUUUAACCAUAUGAGACAGGGAACAUGCCACAUGUGUUUGGCUUCACUUCUCCAAUCCUUGGACUAAACACUCCUUAGGACACAAUGGAUGUCAGUGUGGGUUGGUCCCCUCCCUGAUAUCUAUGUUAAUCAAGCCAUAUCUUGAAGCCCAUUUGCAAUUUCCUUCUCCUAUACAUAACAUUCUAUAUGUAAGCAAGUUGGCUCUGUGCCUUCUUUGUUUUCAAGCCCUAUAAAUUCAGUCCAGUUUUAAUCGUCUUUGGGCUUCAGCCAUGGAGAUAUUAUUCUGCCUGGGACAAGAUUUUUCCCAAUCAAGUUUGAAGGCCCCCAGCCACUUUUCAGUGCUCCCUUGGAUAGGUGAUGUUUUCUUUUCAUUUUGCUUCUAUUUUAAUCAUAAUUCUCAUUAUUCUUUUUCUUUUAUGUAUUAUUUACUGUGUUUGUUGUAUGCAAUCUAUUCCAUGUAUUGUAUAAUUAAAUUUUACUUUCACUUUGA